AUGACUACCAUGGCCUCGCCACCACAGCAGUCCCUCCCCCAGGUAACACCCGAACCCCUCCCAUCCACCCCACCGACAGAAACAGACCCUUUACUCCCUUCCUCAACCCCAGACGAAAAGUCCCUCCUCUCACGAAUCCCUCUCCCCACCCCCGCCCUCCGCAUCAUCGCCCUCCUCGCCGCCAUCAACAUCCUUGUGUGGCUCAUCUCCGCCUACCCCCUCACAAAACACCCAUCCCUCGCCGCACCAGCAGCCCUCUCCUACGUCCUCGGCCUCCGCCACGCUCUCGAUGCAGACCACAUCGCCGCCAUCGAUCUCUCUACGCGACGUCUCAUAGCGGCAGGGCGGCGGCCCGUUUCGGUGGGUACGUUUUUCGCGCUGGGACAUAGCACCAUCGUAGUGGUUACGUGUGUGGCCGUGGCUGCUACGGGUGGGGUCUUGAGGGAGAGGUUCGGGGGUGCGGAGGAGGUGGGGGGGCUGAUUGGGGGGGUUGUGAGUGCUGUUGUGCUUGUUGUGUUUUGUGUUGGGAAUGGGUGGGUGUUGUAUGGGCUUGUGAGGAAGGCUAGGGCGUAUAAGAGCGCUGGGGAUGGAGGGGAUGAUGGAGUGGAGAUGAGGGGGGUUGUGGGGGAUAUUAAGCUGGAUGAUGAGCAGACGAUGGGGUUCCUUGCCCGGACGUUUGGCAGACUGUUCAACCUUGUGGAUAGGCCGUGGAAGAUGUUUCCGCUUGGUGUUCUCUUCGGUUUAGGCUUCGAUACGAGCUCCGAGAUUGCCAUCUUGGGAAUCGCGAGCAUCCACGCCGUUCAGGGCACGAGCAUCUGGCUCAUCCUCAUCUUUCCCAUUCUCUUCGCGUGCGGCAUGGCACUCCUAGACACCACAGACGGCGCCUUAAUGUCCACCCUCUACCUCUCCCCAACAUUCGCCCGCGACCCCCUAGCAACUCUCUACUACUCCCUCAUCCUCACCGCCAUCACCGUCGUCGUCUCCGCCUUUGUCGCCAUUAUCCAGAUCCUCAACCUCGUCGAGAGCGUUGUCAAGCCCGAGGGUCCCUUCUGGGAUGGCCUCGAUGUGCUGUCCGAUCACUUUGAUGUUGUGGGAGCCGCGAUUUGUGGCCUGUUUGCCGUUGUUGGCGUUGGUGCUGUGUUUGUGUAUAAGCCUUGGAGGAAGAGGAUGGAGGCUAGGACAGACGAGCUAUAA